AUGUAUGCCAUAGCAAUCCUCAAGAACACUACCGGGGGCAUCUCCCAUAGAAAUAUUGUGUUUGCCCAAUUACUCGUUCAUUUAGCAUCUACUGGGUUUAGUGUCAAAGUGUACCUAGGUACCAUGUCAAAAGACGACGAAGACUACAAACAACAAGUGGAAGAAGCCAACCAAACACUCAUCGACGGACUCGAAGCUCAACAGAAAGUUGCAGACAGAGGCGAUGAUAUAGAAGAAUACUCAUGGGAGCCGUUUUUGAAUCAACUGAAAGGGCUAGUUGCUGAUGGAGAGCUCCUCGACGAGACAAGAACAGAUGUGGAAGGGUUCCGAGACACACUCCUCGCACAUUCUAGUGUACUGCUUCAAUCUAGAGGCAAGGAGCUUGAGGAUACGUUGAAUACACCGACGAGAGAUGAUUGAAGUUUACGGGAUGAAGGCGCCCUAGGGUUUAUGGGAAGAAAUACACCGCGAGAUAGAGAUGGGGGUUCUAGAUGGGUAGGCAUACGGCUAGGUAACUGGGAUAAAAUAGAGCGAUAGAAGGUAU